AUGUAUAUGAAAUCGAUGAUGAAUAUCAAGAUUGGCAACCGCACUGGUUCAAUCGAUUCUCCAUUCAAUUCUUUCCUUCAUAGAGGUGAUAAAGCUAUGUGGUCUUACUUUAUUGUCGCUCAAUAUAAUAACACUGAAAAUGAUCCUGGAAAAUAA